CUACCGAAACCACGGAGCCCCCCUCUCCCUUCUCUUCAACCUCGGUCUGUGCUCCCUACUUUUGUUUUUCAUGAGAGAGGCAGUUCUGCUUUGGAAGGACGCUACCAUUCCUACGCCAUGGGGGCUGCUGGAUCAGCUGGACCAGAGAUGCAGGCGCUCUCCAUUUUCCUCCCCCCAUUAGUUUCUUCUCAAUAGUCCGAUCCUGAAAAGGAGGGGUUGAUGGGGGAGUUAUCUGGCAGCCAGCUGAUCUUUGCUGUGGUAUUCUGCGAGGGAAAGGAGGAGACUGAAACUCUUCGCUACUCAGCUGUACUGACAUAGAGGAAGCUGCUGUGAGAGACAUCAACAGUCGCGUGAGAGGAAGGAAGCUGUGAAGCUUUUGCGACGAAAACAUGAAACGCAGCUUCAAGACCACGUGAAGUGUUGCCUGAGAAAAACAUCAGCAAGAGAGGAGGAGAGAAAUAGAGGCAAGGAGAGACUGACUCACUUGUUUGGAUUCGCCCACAAAGUGUUCCUGUAGACGCUUGGCGUGUCACCAGCAGGAGGUUAAAGAUGUCUUGGCUGUCACCCGUCCAGUGGGCCAAAUGGACCUGGUCUGCUGUUAGAGGAGGAGGAGAGGAAGAAGAUGACACUGGUUUGGGGAUGAACGACGAUCCCCUCAUGGAAGAGGCACGAGAGGCUAUACCACGAUACCAAGAGGACGACGAAAGAUCUCAUGGCUGCAGUUCGGAUUCAGAAGGACAGUUUGAGACGCCUGAGGCUGAGACACCUGUCCAUCAGCCAUUUAAAGAACUAUCAGCACUGGAUCAGCCAAUCACAGAGAGCUCAGGUUUCUCUGAAGAAUAUGUAAAUAAUUUGUCUGCCAUCACAACAAAAACCCAGAAUCUGACCUUGGACAAGGGCUUUCCUGAGGAUGUACCUGCCGCAGUUCUGCGGCAGAGCAGUCUGGACUCCACCCCAACCCUGAAACCUAAGUACCAGCUUUCCUCUGUUGACAUGGAUGUGGACCAGCCUGAUCCUGCUGAUGCAAUUGCAACAGAACACAGCAAUAUCUGCAAUGGUCACAUUGAAGAACCAUCAUCAAAACCACAGACCAAGUCUCUCAAGGUUAGACCUCCUUCUCUUAAAGUGAAGUCCCCACUGAAUGGUGUUGACCCCAACGAGGUGGACGACGAUCCUCCGAUACUUCCGAAGGGAAGCUAUAACUUUGACCUUGAUCAGUUUAAUGAAACCAUGAAUCCAUUUGCAAAUGGAGGGUCCAAGUUGCAGAAUUCUCCACCUGCCAAUGCCAGUAUUCCUAAAUCAGAGUUGACAGAUGAAAUUCCUGCACAGCCAGUUUUGCUUGAGAUUGGACUUGAUGAUGCUGAAGUUAAGACAGAUCCACCCAAAAAAUCUGGAAAAAAGACAAGCAGCAAGCUGACUACUCCAAAAAAAUUGCGACCGAAAGCUGCAGAAACUGCAGCUCUACCACCAGAGACAUCCUCAGAACAAAACCAACCACCACCUGAAAACGUGGAUCUCGUCAACAUUGAUGAUAUUCCGAUUCCUAAGAAAUCCUACAACUUUGACCCAAAUCAGUGGGACGAUCCCAACUUUGAUCCAUUUGGUGGGAAACAAAAACUUAACAGCUCGCCGACGGUUCCUAAAGGAUCGUAUAGUUUUGACUUUGAUGACUCUGUUGACCCUUUUAAGCCAUCAAAGUCUAUAGGUGGAAGUGACACCGUUAAACCAACAUCUGAGAAGCUAACAGACAAACUCAAACCUGAGGGAACUCCAGAGCAGCGAAAGAAAGCUGGACAGUCUCCGAAGAAAAGCAAAGACAGGAUCAUCACGAAUUCAUGUAAAGUCAAGAAGUAUGAGAAUCAGUCCUUGGUCCUGGAUGUCUGCGAUCAGGAGAAUGAUGUGCAGGAGGAUGCUGGCUCUAAACUGUCCAACCGGGUCCAUCAUGCCACAGAUGAAGAGAAAUUAGCCUCCACUGUCAUGAUCCAAAAGGACGGGACGGAGGAGUUUUCAGACUACAAACCAACCAACUGUACCAAGACUGCAGAUGAUCUGCCAGUAGGAAUAACAGAGCAGUUUGAAGAAAAAGAUCUCUCCUCUCCGAGUGAGAGUCUGUGCAAAAGUCAUACUCUGAGCUCUUCAGACAGUGAGACCAUAGUGAAGACAAGUCCAGGGCUCGAUUCCAUCCCUCUUAGUGAGAUUGAUAAAGCAGCGGUGCUCACGCUGAUCAGAGAAGAGAUAAUUGCCAAAGAAAUCGAAGCCAAUGAAUGGAAGAGGAAAUAUGAGGAGGGUAAACUGGAGGUCACUGAAAUGAGGAAAAUAGUGGAUGAGUAUGAGAAGACGGUAGCGCAGAUGAUAGAAGACGAGCAGCGAAAGAACAUAGGAUCUCAGAAAAGUGUCCAGCAGUUGACUUUAGAGAGAGAUCAGGCCCUCGCUGACCUCAACUCAGUGGAACGAUCGCUGUCUGACCUGUUCAGACGCUACGAAAACAUGAAGACUGUCCUGGAGGGCUUUAAGAAGAAUGAGGAAGUGCUGAAGAAGUGUGCUCAGGAUUACCUUACACGCGUGAGGCAGGAGGAACAGCGUUAUCAGACCCUCAAAAUCCACGCUGAGGAGAAACUUGACAAAGCGAAUGAGGAAAUAGCUCAGGUGCGAUCUAAAGCCAAUGCAGAGAGUGUGGCGCUAAACGCCAGCCUGAGAAAGGAGCAGAUGAAGGUGGACUCCUUGGAGCGGGCGCUCGAACAGAAGAAUCAAGAAAUUGAAGAGCUCACUAAAAUUUGUGAUGAGCUCAUUGCAAAACUGGGCACAACGGACUAAGAGAAAGGAAAUCCUGCUUAUAAUGCCUUGCCAAACCCACCCCAACCAACAACAUCUGUGGAUCUCCCAUUGCAUUUUUUUUCCUUUUGGGAAAGGAGUCACUUUUCCAUGAGUCUGGCUCAGGCACUGGAAGAAUCAACAAGAUAUGAGCUGUAGAAUCAAAUAAAACGGCCCCAGACGCUCUUUACAGAAUCAAAAAGUGCUGAUGUUGGACUUGCACCUCAAUUUGGUUGUAUAAAAUACGGAGGGCUGGAAAAACCACCCACAUUUCACAUUUCUUUGUGUGUGAGUGCGCAUUUGGGAGAAACUCUGUGUUCAGAUGUUCGCGUAAAGGAACAGACAUGCAUUGAGGGACAUUGGCCUUGUUCAUAGUUUACAUGAUCGCACUGCUGCUAUUUAUAAUGGAGGGAGCAAAUCAUAUUAUAGACAACUUCUUUUAGAUACGUUACUUGCUUUGGAAAGUACUGUAAGUGUUACCUGUGUAAUUAUUUGAUUAUAUGUUAGAGGCCAUGAUAUGGAUUUGAAAGCAAUGUUCCAGGUUCAGUGCAAAUAAGUAGAAUCAGUUGAAAUAAUUGGUGGUUUAAUGCUAAUGACUACAAAAAUAUCUCCCCGAACUUGUCUCAACAAUCUAGGCUACAGUGAGGCACUUAUAAAUGUGUGAAUGGUAAAUACGGUAAAAAACAUCAAUAUACAGUUGAAGUCAGAAUUAUUAGCCCCCCUGUUUAUGUUUUUUCUACAAUUUCUGUUUAACAGAGAACAUAUUUUUUUCAACACAUUUCUAAACAUAAUAGUUUUAACAACUCAUUUUUAAUAACGGAUUUUUUUUUAUCUUUGCCAUGAUGACAGUAAAUUAUAUUUUACUAGAUAUUUUUCAAGACACUUCUAUACAGCUUAAAGUGACAUUUAAAGGCUUAACUAGGUUAAUUAGGUUAACUAGGCAGGUUAGGGUAAUUAGGCAAGUUAUUGUAUAAUGAUGGUUUGUUCUGUAGACUAUUUUGACCUUAAAAUGGCUUUAUUUAAAAAUUAAAAACUACUUUUAUUCUAGCCAAAAUAAAACAAAUAAGACUUUCUCCAGAAGAAAAAAUAUUAUCAGACAUACUGUGAAAAUUUCCUUGCUCUGUUAAACAUCAUUUGGGAAAUACAUAAAAAAAUUCAAAGGCAGGCUAAUCAUUCUGUGUUCAACUGUGUACUUCAGUAGUGUAAAAUUAAAUUCAAUUGUACUUUGUUGCCAUAGCAACAAAAGCUUUAAACCCUAAAAACAUAAUUAAACAUAAUUAAAUAGCAAGUGCAUGUUUUAACUGAAGAGUAAUAUAGUGCUUUUAUAAAAUUAUAAGCUAAAUACUAAAUACGUCUGUUUUUAAAUCUCCUGUUGUAAGUGCCUCACUCAUUAUUACAUCAUAAUGGCAUUCUGACAUUGCCGUAUACAUUAUGACAUCACAAUACCCAUUAUGACGUCAUAUCGCAUGAUGGGUAUUAUAGACCCAAUCCCAACCCCUCAUUUUGCGCGUUCUUGUGAAGGGGUAAAGGUGUCCCAAUUCUUUUUAGCUUUAAGCCGUAAGGGCUAAGGGGAAGGACUAGAUACCGCUUGAAAUGGAGAUUUGUCCACACUCAAAACCAAGGGGUAAGAAAAUUACGUCUGCACACACGACUGUCAUUAUUAAGAAUUUUUCACAGCAAACAAGCAUAUGUUUUAAUACAAUCAUAACCGCACUCGUGUUUUACCAUCAUGCUUUAAAAGAAAACGCUAAAAUAAAAACCGCUAAAUUUUGUUAUCUAUAAUCCCAAAUAAUAACUCCUGUAUAGUAGUUCCACAUCAUUCUGUCACUCGAUGACACUCGAAAACCCUCUCAGAAAAGUCUAGUGACCGAGAAUGAGCUUUUUACAGUGUCUGCAACAAUGGUAAUGUUGUUCUUGGUGUGUUUACAUAGAUGAAAAUGGCCACUGUGUAAAUACACAGUACAGUUACGAUCUUAUUGCCACAUUACAUCGUAAUGAUUUACAUGAUAUAUGCCUUCAGUGAUUUCCUGAAAAUAAAUACCAAAAAAAUAAAGCAACUGGAUUAACUACAAAAGUCGUGGUCAUCGAUCUCAUAUGAAGCAAGAGAUCGCGAUGACAUAUGUUGAUGUGUGCAAGUGUUGUAGUGCUGUCCCAUUUCUUAGGGGUAUAUUUUGAAGCCCUUCCCCUUCACACACUGUUUCAGGGGCCAAGGGGAAUGGGUAGGGGUACAAAAAUAGAAUUGGGAUUGGGCCAUAGUGUCAACGGUAUUGAAUUCGUGAUAUUCCAUAUCUUUUAGCACGUUCAGAACUUGUAAAUGGUUUGUAGAUCCAUGCCCUGUUUUUCUUGAGGGAUUUUUAGGUGACAUAUGAUCAUAAUUUUUCCUAUUUCCAGAUGUUCUGAUGGUUUAAUUGUUUCUAGUCAUUGCCUCAUUGUCAUAAUCGUUCAUAAUUAUCCAAUCAAAAUGCUUGCUUUGCAAAAUUGGACAGCACAGAAGCAAACUGAAAGCACUUAUUGAUGAAAUGCUUAAGUUUUCAUUGUUUGCAUGAAUUAUGAAGUUCGUCCCAAGUUUACUGUCUGUUUUCUUGUGCUGAGUCAAUUGAUGCCUGUGGACAGAAUCACUUUCAAAACAUUCAAUGAAUUGUUACUAGAAUCGACAAUCUUUUCCCAGACUUGCUGCAGUAUGUGCCUAAAUUGCUAAAGUGAUGCUUUCUAUUGGCUGUUGUUGUUGAUGUUGUUUAUACCCACAAUUCCUCUGUGCUACAGUAUCUUAUGCAAUAUUUCAAGCUCAGAAUAACCAACUGCCAAAUGAAACCGCUCUUCAUGUGCCAAACAUUAUCGGGUCGUGUGGAGAAAUGGAGCCUGUAAAUUGACAUGUUAUUGUUUGAAGAAGAUGUUGCUGUUCUUCACAGUACUCACUGACCUGUGUAUAUUUUUAUGAAAAGAUAGAAGUUCUUUUAUUGUGUUAUUAAUGUUUGUAAAGUGGAAGAGAGAGAGAGAUAGAGAGAGUUGCACAGAUAUCCCAUUGACUAAUAUAUAUUUUGUGCAUAAAUGCAUUCCCUGAAUAAAGUAAUAAUUAGCUUGAUGAAUAA